AUGGAAGACAUUGGACUCGCACUCGCCGACUUUGUCAGCAACAUGGAGAAUGUGCCCUCGGAGAUCCGCCACCUGUUCUCUGAGAUCACAGAUCUGGACGAGAAAUACGCAGAACGCUCGGAAAAGCAGCACGCAGACGCCAAGCAAUUCAGCCUGGAGAAGAUCCGCCUGACCAAGAAGGCCAUGACCAUUGUGCAGCGGCAUUUGACCAAGCUGGAUGCGGAGAUCAGACAGUACGACAAGUCGGGCGAAUCGACCAAGCGCAUCUACACGCCGCUGGCGUUCAGGCAGCCGAAGCGCAUGGAGAGCGUUCCGGGCUUUAGCAUGGACGGGGACGGCGGGUUUGCCAGGAGCGCGCCGAAGCGCAGGCACAUGGGCGGGCAGGCGCCCAGACACAAGAAGCAGCUGAAGAUGGCGUCGAUUGUGUCGCUGGAUGGGUUCGAGGAGGCUGGGGCUGGCAUCGAGGAGUCGGACGACCAGCUGUACUGCUUCUGCCAGCAGGUGUCGUAUGGAGACAUGGUGGCAUGCGACGGCAACGACUGCCGGUACGAGUGGUUCCACUGGGAGUGCGUCGGGCUGACAUCACCGCCCAAGGGAUCGUGGUACUGCCAGGAAUGCCUGGCCAAGUUGCUGGAUGACGACGAGGCCUGA